AUGUCCAUGACCCUGUGCAUCUUGUUUCUGUGCGUGAUAAUGUGCGCAUCCCUCGUCUCGGCCGCGCCGGUCGUCAAGCCGCUGUCGAUGAGGUCGACUAACGAACGCAUUGCCGUGACCGAAACCAAUGUGCAGUGUACCGUCGUGCCCAUGUUUGGCCGCUUCACCCUCUCGGUGUCCUGGACAGCCAACACAAAGAACACCAUGGCCGUUUGCGCACCCUUUCUCCAGUCCGAUUUCUACUUUUGCGACUAUGUCCACGACGUCCCAUCUCCGGACGGAACAUACGACUGGACCUCGCUGAUCUGGCUUGACCCGAGCAAAUGUGCUCUGCAGUCUUCUGAGUGGGCAAGCAGCUUGGAGGACUACUUUGGUCAGCCGGUCACCUGUGACGCUAUGCCUUGCAACCCGUCCCCGAGCAGCCCCACAGCAUGA